AUGGACAACUGGUAUGGGUUGGAAGCUGAUCAAAUCAGCCCAUAUGUGUCGGUUAAUACGAGGCUUAUGCUUGCGUCUGUGGUAGUAGAUGAGGUGACGAGGGCUAAAGAUAAGCUUUCUUGGGGUGGAAGUCAAGACGGGAGGUUGUCGGUAAGCUCGGCUUACGACAUGCUAACUAACACCAAUUUGUCACGACAGAAUAUGCGGAGGAUGUUUGAUUGA